UGUGUUCGCAAUCGCUACUAUGAGGCCGAAGCAAUUCCCAAGGAAACCAGAGGCAGAGAGAACGAUGAGAAAAAUCUGAAAAACAUUUAAAUAACUCAAGCGACGUUUUCACUUUCGAAUCACAGUCAUCUGUGACAUCACAGUCAAAAGCCGAAGUCCCGCCACCGGUGCAAGAUAAUGGUCGAAUAAACGAGCAUUGUGACGUCAUCUCGUCCGCUCCAUUGGGACAGUUCCUGGUUCCAUCGCAAGCCUCUAUGACGUCAUAAGUGAACUCAGUCACGUGCAAAUCGGGCAAAUGCAGCAGAAUAUAAAACUCUUACCUUUAUUCGUUUGAAUCAUCAAUAGAACAGAUACGAGCAAAGAUAUGAACAUUGUUAAAGUUAAACGUGCUAGGUAACCGAAAAGCACGCACUGUAUUCGUGUAUGGGCUAACGAUCGUUGGCUAUUGUCCGCUAUGAGUUACAUCCUGACGACUUAUUGAAAAUCCUUUUAGUAAAAGGAAAUGACGACAUAUUCGGUUUGUUCGAGUUAAAGCUGUAAAAUUAACUUCGGGCAAAGGGAAAUGGGAUGUACGUUUAUUAAACAAGAUUGCGGGUCGCUGAUUUUUCUGUUCGUGUGUGUAAGCUUAUUGGUGGUAGAAUGCAACGGACAAAGACCAGGUGAAGACGUAGCAAUAAAUGAUGCGUUCAAAAACGUUGUAGCGUCUUUAAGAAACCCGACAAACGGUGACCCAAAUGGAGAUGUAUCGUCACCAAAUGCAAACGAAAACCUUAAAAUACCACCAGAUGCUCCCAUAUCCAAUUUACCUCCAAAAAGAAGAUUUCCACCUCCGGAGUCGAAUCCUACAUCUUUGAAGGACAAAUUAGAUGAUGUUGUGAUUGAAGACAACAAACAACCUAAAGAAAUCGAUCCAAUUGUUCCGGAAGAGACGCAGAAACAAAAACCUGAGGCUUUAGAAACUUCUGAAAAUGAUUUAACGCCUGAAAUACCUGCGGAAGUUAAAGAUAAAAUUCCACCUGAAUCUGAAACUGUACAACCGGGAGAAAAUGAUGAUUUUACUCCAAGUGAUAAUACUGUUAACCCCGAAAUGGAUAACUUGAAUGAAGAAAGUCCAGAGAAGCCACCAGUUCAGAUACCAGACCCACCUUUGGAUCCUACUGACCAAAUUUCGGAUAAUAACUUUGGGGAAAAUAUGGAUAGUGAGCCAAACAGUGAGGUUCAAACUAAAAAGGAUAAUGAUGGUCUUGAGAAGAAUAAUCCGAAUAAUGUUAAACGAGAUGCAGAUUCAAGUGAUCUUGAAGAGACGGAGGAUCCUGUUCCAACUGAUGGUGGUGAUGGAGUUGGUACGGAUGACAACAAUUCCACAGAACAAGACGCCAACCAAAUAAAUGAAAAUGAUAAAGUAACAGAAGACGAAGAAACAUUGGGGGACAAUGAUGAAAUAACAGAAAAACCUGCUGAAGUUUUGCCGAAAAAGCUAGAGCUUACAGACGGCGACGUUGAGACGGAGGAUUCCGAUUAUAAAGAUACGGAUGGAACUGAGGAGACUAAAAAUCCUGAUCCGGAAUCGAAGUCUGAAGAUCUUGGAAGUGAAGAAGACGAUGCGGAAAGUAUAUAUGAUGACGUAACUGAAGACCCUUCUGAUGACUUAGAUACAGAAAACGUAACGGAACAAGAUGUCAAUCAAACGAAUGUCACAAAUGGAGAAGAUGGUGGUAUUUUGCUAAAUACGACUGAUGUAACUAAUGUGAACACGACCAUGAAUGGGACCGGGGAAAUUGACUUUUCUCCCGGGAAUCCGGAGCCCGAUGGCUGGUGGACGGAAAACUCACGAACCGGGGCAUGCAUUAUUAUCUUUGGUGUUGUUAUCAUGGGUGUAAUGACCGCUUGCGUGCAGAGAAAGGGUUACUGCAAAUGUUUUAGCGAUUAUGAAGACGUGGAAACGCGGGGGCUAGCUGCGACAGGGAGACCUGAUUACCAACACAAUAACGGGAACCCAAACUUCUAUAAAAACGAUGCAUAUGACCCAUUGUAAAAGUAAAUGCCUGAUUGUUCUAUUUCCAAACCAGCGUGAUAGCUUUAGAGUCAGUCAUUUAUUUAGAAUGUUUAACGCCCGAAUUAUGGCAAAGAUAAAGUAUAGCUCCUUUCAUUGUGCUUUAACAAUUAGUAAUUAGAGAAUUUUAUUUGCGCUAUGUAAAACUUCGCUUUACUCUAAAUAAACCAAAACUUUGUGACU